CAUCGCGCACACGCGUAAACCGCGCUCGUUCGCUCGAUCCGUUCCGUCCGUCGCAGGCGCCGCGCCGUCCGGUCUGCCAGCCGUGAGUGGCGUGCGCGUACUUAAUAUUAUUUUAUAUCAUAUUAUUACCUCGGGGGAAACGGUUUUUAUUYCUGGUCCGCUUUUACGGUCUCCGCCGGUUGUCGUGGCGAUUUACGUGGCCAUGCGGUAAUGUAUMGUUUAAAUCAUCACGACACUCGUCCACAAGACAACCGGCCUACACAUACCUUCAUAUUAUAUAACCUAUACAUAGGUGCGAACCAGACGAAGACGAAACAUUGCCCUGAUGGAGUUUGCGCUUGACUGUAGAAUUGCAUAAUUCCAGAAGAUCCGACAAUAAUAUGUCAUYCAUCGCAUCUGAAGACCGACCGUUCAUAUUCCGCGUCAACGAUAACGGCACUGGCCCAGUUCUACUCAUACAGGUGUGUCAAGAACGUGGUUGGAAGGAAUACGAUGGUACUAAGAGCGGAGACUCCACGUGGUCGGUUCCGGCGGACGAUUAUUGGAAUCUGUGGUGGAAAUCGACCGGAUUCUCGCUGUCACACUAUAAACAGCAAAAAAUAUGGCAGUUCAACAACCAUAUACCCAGUGGAUCAGCAUUAUGCCGGAAGGACAACUUGUGGCGGUAUUUGAAAUGCAUGAAGAAUAUAUUCGGCACGUCACUGUUCGGGUUCAGUCCAGACUCCUACAACCUGCCGCUAGAAUAUACAAAGUUAGCUGCCGAAUGUAGUCAUGACACUGACGUCGGCGAGAAAUCGAUUUGGAUAUGCAAACCGGUUGGUCAAAGUCAAGGAAAAGGCAUAUCUUUGAUUUCGCAAAUCGGCGAACUCGUUUAUGACACAAACAUCGUGGUGCAGAGGUACGUGAAGAAUCCUAUGCUCAUCGGUGGAUACAAGUACGAUCUGCGGCUGUACGUGCUGGUACCGUCAUUCCAUCCACUCACCAUAUACGUCUACAGGGAGGGACUGACUCGGUUCAGUACCGACAAGUAUUCACUGAAUAAUCUCGACAACCACUUUGCGCACCUGACCAACAGUUCAAUCAACAAGCUGGGCCCGAACUAUUCGGAAACCAAAGAAAAAAUCGGACUAGGAUGCAAGUGGACAUUCCAACAGCUUCGGCAGCACAUACGACAGGCCGGAGUCAACGAUUGGCUAUUAUGGCAAAAGAUAUCAGUUCUCGUCAGCCUUACGUUGGCCAGCCAAUGCGCAGGCAUACCAAGCACGUCAAAUUGUUUCGAGUUAUACGGUUUUGACAUACUAGUUGAUUCUGAUCUAAAGCCCUGGCUUCUUGAGGUGAAUCUCAGUCCAGCGCUGGGCAACGAUUGCGAUGUGGACAAUAGGGUGAAAAGGCCGCUGUUGCACGACAUGUUCGACCUGCUCGGACUGCCGAUGUGCAACACCGGCCUGUCGCUGUUCCGAAUGGCAUGUCGGUCGACGUCGGGUCCGCGGUUCGGUGACGGACGACCGACCGCGUUGGCCGCUGCGGUCACUGAAAAGUGGAAGUCGAAACGCAAGACGAACAACAACAACAACAACACCGCUGCCAACAACAACAACAACGUACAUACCGUAAACGCUACGAAGAGGGACGGUACAGCUCAGGUGACGUCGACCGCGCAGUCACAGCUGUCGACGCGUCAAUCGACGCUGUACGGUCCGGGCAAGCAGCGCGGAGCGACCACGGCGCAAGUGGCAGCCGCCGCGGACCUGUGCAACUCGCCGUUCUCGUCACCGGUGUGGGGCAACGGUCGGGACUGGAGCAGACCCGCCGACUCRGAGGGUGAUUGGGUCCGGGUGUAUCCAUUCGUGCCGUCGCCUCGGCAAUUACCGCGGACCAGCGUACGGCAAUCGUCGUCGCAGCAGCAGCAACAGUUCGCCCGCAGGUCUGCGUCAUCGUCGCCGUCCGAGACGGGCACGGCCCGCGCCACCAUCAAGACGAUUCAGCAGUACCUGAAGUGUUGCAAAAAGGUGGCYAAGUCGUGCGAGGGCCUGUCCGUCGUGCCGGACGACGAGCUCAACGACAAGCUCAGAGACUUGUUCCCGGCCGCGACGAUGACGUGGUUACCACCCCACUGAAAGACUUAAUAUCAUUAUAUUAUUUUGAUUGUAAUUCGUUGGCCACUUGCCCACCUUACCUACUUAAAACGUAUAUUUAAUAUGUAUUAUAUUUUAUCGAUUGUUAUGGCGUAUAUUAUUCUUUAAUAUCGUUUAAUGAUAUGUUAUCUUAUUGUUAAUAUACCAGUCUUUAUUUUUUAUAAUAUUUAUCUCGAUGAAUACGGCUGUUUCGAAUUAUUAUCAACUAUUAUAUUAUAUAGCUAGGUAGGUAAAAAUAAUUGUAAUUUAUUGUUUUUUUUU